AUGGCUUCCAAUAUUCAUUUUCUUAUGAUACCACUAAUGUGCCCAGGUCACCUCAUUCCAAUGGUGGACAUGGCAAAACUCAUAGCACAACACUCUGCCACAGUCACCAUCGUCAUCACACCCCGUAAUGCCACCAGGUUCGGGUCAGUCCUCCACCGUGCUGUGGCGUCCGGCCACCCUAUCCGGAUCCUCGAACUUCAAUUCCCAGCUUCAGAAUAUGGAUUACCAGAAGGAUGCGAAAGUGUAGACGAUCUCCCCACAUUCAAUCUCUCCAAAAACUUCUUCGAUGCAAGUGCGAAACUUCAAGAACCAUUAGAAGAAGUGUUUAACGAGCUUAAACCAAGACCAAGUUGUAUUAUCUCUGAUAAACAUUUAGCUUGGACAGCCGAUGUUGCAAGAAAGUUUCAGAUUCCAUGGGUUAUUUUCGACGGAAUGAGUUGUUUCACUCAGUUAGCUACUCAUAAUCUAUGUGUUUCAAAGGUUCAUGAACAGGUGGGCGAUUUUGACCCGAUUUUGUUGCCCGGUUUACCAGAUAAGAUAACCAUGACUAAAUCCCAGCUUCCGGGGUUGUUCAAUCCGGGAAAGAGUGCAAAGGCGAAGGAACUGAAGAGUGUACGUGAGAAGAUAAGAGCAGCUGAAAUAGGAGCGUAUGGGACAGUUAUAAACACUUUUGAAGAACUGGAAACAAGAUACAUAGAUGAAUAUCGAAAAGUGAAGCAAAGAGUUUGGUGUAUAGGUCCGUUUUCACAAUCUAACAAGAAUGAUUUGGACAAAGCUCAACGUGGAACCAAUGGUUCAAUGGCUAACCACGAGUGCAUCACAUGGCUCGAUGGUCAGAAACCAGGGAGUGUGGUUUACGUGUGUUUAGGUAGCCUAACGCGACUCACACCACCACAGUUUAUCGAACUGGCUCUAGGGUUAGAAGAGUCAAAGUCCCCGUUUAUUUUAGUGGUGAAAGGAGGGAGUCGAACGGAAGAGAUAGAGAAAUGGUUGAAGGAAGAUGGGUUUGAAGAGAGAGUGAAAGGAAGAGGUGUUUUGAUCCAUGGGUGGGCCCCUCAAGUUCUCAUACUAUCGCAUCCUUCAUUAGGAGCAUUCUUGACUCAUUGUGGUUGGAAUUCGACUAUAGAAGGGAUUUGUGCGGGUGUACCGAUGAUCACGUGGCCUCAAUUUGCUGAACAGUUCUUUAACGAGAGGGUGGCUGUGGACGUAGUGGGGACUGGUGUCGGUGUUGGCGCUGAAUCAGUGAUGCAUUUAGGAGAGGAAGAUUCAGAUGUGGUACAAGUGAAAAGGGAGGACGUGUGUAAGGCUGUGAGGACAGUAAUGGAUGAAGGUAUUGAAGGACAAGAGAGAAGAGAAAAGGCUAAAUAUUUCAGGGGGGUGGCUGAAAAGGCGUUAGAAGAUGGAGGAUCAUCUCAGCUAAAUUUAAAAUUGUUCAUUGAAGAUAUUAUUCUACACAUGAAUAAGGGAUUGGCAGGUUAA